AUGAAUCAACAGAGUCAAGGAACGAGCUCUUUAUCUUCGCCAGACCCCCCUAUGAAGCGAAAACGUGGACGCCCACGCAAGGAUGAGAAUAUUGUUCAUGUAGAGAGCGCGACUGCAGUGCCUGGAGCUGAAAGUUUGAAGAAAAACAAACAGAGUACAAGUGAUGAUGUUGAGAGUGAAAUGGUAGGUCAGGUAGUCACUGGAGUGAUUGAAGGUUCAUUUGAUGCUGGCUAUCUUCUCAAUGUCAGGGUAGGAGACACUGACACUCAGCUGAGGGGUGUUGUAUUUCUACAAGAGAAAAUCGCUCCAAUUACUCCAGCAAAUGACAUUGCUCCUCAUAUUAAGAUGUGCAAAAGAAAAGAUAUUCCCAUACCGCCUCUCAACCUGCAAUCUCAGCUUUAUGGUUCUGCCCGCCCAUCAGAGCAAAGUAAUAGGCAACCUGCUGAGGUGAAAAACCAAACACCUACAGUUCCAGACCAAACUCAAUCCUCUAUCCCUGGCGUACCGGAGUCACUUGAAAGCAAAUCUUUCUCUGUUAUGAUUCCUCCAGUUGUUAUUUUGCCGAAGAAUGAUGUAGGCCUUUCAUUGGAAGGAAAAGUCAUGCCACAACAAAUUUUGGAGCCUGUAACUCAUAGCCAAUCUGCCCCUGCAAUGGGACAGUCAGAGCUUAAUAACAUUGUUGAACAGAAUAAAGUGUUGGAGGAAGUUGAAGCAGCCGAAAUAAUGGAAGGACCAAAUAGUGCAGAGGCCAACAAAGCAUCAAAAACCGAAUCAGCAUCUGAACCAGUUGCUGACAUACCAGGCAUUGAAGCGGUAUCUAAGGAUCCUGAAAUUCAAACUCAGGCUGUGGAUUCUGAAAAGAGUGCAUUGGUUCAUGAUGAAGUAAAGAGCCUUGAUCUUGAACUCAAUCAAACUCCUGUAGUUGCUGAACCUGCAGCAACUGCUGUCAUUCCAGCUGAUGAAACCGUAGGUAAGGAUCCUCAAAUUCAACCUCAGGCUGUGGAUUCUGAAAAGAGCGCAUUGGUUCGUGAUGAUGUUAAGAGCCUGAAUCUUGAACUCAAUCAAAUUCCUGUAUUUUCUGAAUCUGCACCAGUUUCUGUGAUACCAGGCAUUGAAACCAUAUUUAAGGAUUCUCAAAUUCAAGCUGUGGAUGUGGGUCCUGAAAAGAAUGCAUUGGUUCAUGAUGUGGCAAAGAGCCUGAAUAUUGAACUCAACCAAACUCCUGUAUUUGCUGAACCUGCAUGCGUGUCUUCUGAUCUAGCCAGUAAACCAGUCAACAUUGUGAUGGAAGAACAGGCUUACCCUGCGCCAAAGCCCAGCCAGAUGUUUGGGGGAGAGACUGUUCCAUUUGAAUUGAAGCUUGCAUCUGAAGGAUCUAUUCCUCCUGGAAUGGUUGAACCUCAAAUCUCUAGUUCUUCUGGUGCCAUUAGCAAUGUGGAUUGUGAUGUCGAAGAUGUCAUUCCACCUACACAAUCUUAG